CGGGGAGGGGGUGGGGUCCAAACUCGAAGGCCGCUGCAUUACUCCGCUAGUAUUAGCAGAUUGCAAAUUCCGCGCUCCCACUCUGCCAUCUACAUCAACAGGCAUCUCCCCCACCACCACCUCCUCUUCCUCGGUUUCUCCUCGUUGGUAGGUGGCGACUGGCGAGUGGAAAACUAGUCAGAACGGAACUCCGCUGAAUGCCAGCAUAAACUGAAAAAAAAAAAAAGGGCAGGAGAUCACCUAUGGGCCAGGCAGCGAGUUGCAGAGUGUCGGCGGCCAGUGAACAUGAACUAUUCAGUACUGUCCAAAAUGGUGAGUUGGAAACAGUUGAAACUAUGGUUGAUGAAGAUCCUACUAUCUUGGGACUGACCACUGUCCAUGGGAGGCUCUCCGCUCUACACGUAGCAGCUGCCAAUGGGCAGAAUCAGGUUCUAUCCAUGCUUUUGGAUCGGUCUUUCCAUCCGGAUGUUUUAAACCGCCACAAACAGACCCCAUUGAUGUUAGCUGCUAUGCAUGGGAAGCAUUCCUGCGUGGAAAGGCUCAUUCAAGCAGGAGCUAACAUAUUGAUGUUUGAUUCCGUGAAUGGAAGAACCUGUUUGCAUUAUGCUGCUUACUAUGGUCAUUCAGAUUGCUUGCAAUCUAUUCUUUCUGCUGCCAAUACCUCCCCAGUUGCCCAGUCUUGGGGAUUUGCAAGAUUCUUGAACAUAAGGGAUGGAAAUGGGGCAACCCCAUUGCAUUUAGCAGCCCGCCAAAGACGAGCAGAGUGUGUUCGUUUGCUAUUGAGUAAAGGGGCUCUGGUGUGUGCCUCCACAGGUGGAUACAGCUGCCCAGGCAGUACACCACUUCAUUUGGCAGCACGUGGAGGUUCGUUGGAAUGUGUUCGUGAAUUGCUUGCUUGGGGUGCAGAUCGACUUCAGAGAGAUUUGUCUGGGAGGAUACCUUACAUGGUUGCCUUGAAGCACAAGCACGAUGGAUGUGCUGCAUUAUUAAAUCCUUCAGCUCCAGAGCCUUUGACUUGGCCAUCAUCCUUGAAGUUCAUCAGCGACCUUAGCCCCGAGGCAAAGGCACUAUUAGAAGGGGCCCUAAUUGAAGUCAAUAAGGCAAGGGGGAGGUUGAUCUUGAAGGGGAUGCCUGACACAGAUGUACCAAUUGCCGACUCUGUGGCUGGUGAUGUUGAUCCUCAGGUAAGCAACGUCGAGGUAUGCUGCAUCUGCUUCGAGCAGGCGUGUACGAUUGAGGUUCAAAAUUGUGGUCACCAGAUGUGUGCCCGUUGCGCCCUAUCCUUGUGUUGCUACAACAAACCAAGUCCUUCGACCAAUAUUAUCAAGGCACCCGUCUGUCCCUUUUGCAGAAGCAGCAUCACUCAGCUAGUUGCUGCAAAGAUCUGUGCCAACGGUGAUGUUGAACUGGAUUUAUGCCCAUCACAGCCAAGACGAUCACAAAAGUCAUUCAACCAGAGUGAAGGUAGUAGUAGCUUCAAGAGCCUUUCAUCCUUGGGUUCAUUCACGAGGAUAAGUGGGCGCAAGUUUGCUGCUGAUGGUGAUGAGGGGUUCGAUAAACGGUAGCCAUUUCUCACUGUAGUAGUAAUCAGGGAAUUCGUCAACUACAGUACAGCGAAUUGCACACUACGCACUCUUGAGUAAAUAGGGCAAAUAUUUAUUCAAAAAAGUUGCAUCGCCAACGGAGGUAGGGAACUGCUAAAACCCUUUUGCAAACAAUGAUGGAUCCAUCAAUGUCAUUUGUUUUUGGUGGAUAUUGGUUCAGCUCUCAUUGGACCAAAAAAAGUCAGGCAUUUUAAAGACAUAAUUAUCUCCCUCGAGAACCAAGAGUAAGGGAGACAUUUUUUUUGCCUCUUGCCAGUUGCGAAGAGCACAACUGAACAGAGUGGUCGCUAAGUAAGUCAAAUUUCCACGGGUAGACUCGAGAGAAAAGCAAUCGAUUGCAUAAGCCUUUCCCCAUAGCUCAUUACGCCAUAAUGGCCCUCGGGAGAACUUUUGACUAAGGAGAAGGAGCCAACUCCAACUGUUUAGACAUUGGCAAAAGCAUCAAGAAAUUAUAAAUCAUCUUCUCUAA